UUUCCUCUUGUAAUUAUUCUAACAAAUUAUAUGCUGACAAAUUAUCGUCGAUAUUACUUGACAAGUAAAUGGUGGUUGAAUUAAGAGUUUUUGGUCAAAGAGUCACCCUCAAUCACCCAAGUGAUGAGUCUUUCUUAGAAUGGGGUUACGCCAUUAUUUAGCGAAUUGACCAGAUUGAACAAAUAUCUGUCUUCAACGAUCGAUAACGCCUCCCCCCCUCCCCCGCGAAAUACUUUUCGUAUAUAUCACGUUCAUACGUAUAUACGUAUGAGCUUAGCCAUCGGCACGUUCGUCGGAGUGCGUGCAUCACUCUUUCUCUUUCUCUGCCUUCCUCGAUAAAGGCACCAGCGGAUCGAGGUGUCCGGCCAGUCAGUUCUCAGACUCUGAUCGGUGAACCGCGUUUGGCGUAGAUCUUGCCGAUCGGGCACGUUGUCGAUCUCUGAUUACUGCAGCUAUCGAAAGAAUCUCGCUUAAUGUGAAAACAAAAAUAAUCUUGAGGAAAUACACAAGAAAAUCGAUUGGAUAAGUGAGAGAUCUUGUGGAAAAAUCGAUAUCAAAUGCCAAGACUUCUUAUCACACUUCGACUGAGGAAAAUGGUACUUUUUAAAGAUUGAAACGAUUAAAUACAAGCGAGCGUGUGUAUAUGUGUGUGCAUGUGCGUGCAUAGAUUCUUCUAAUAAAUAAUCAAUUAACUACUGUACUCGGUGUUCAAUAAUUCAUUAAUUCAUAAAAAACAAUUGAUCGCGCACUGUACGAUAACGAAGAUCUACGGAUUUCCGAUACGGUCUCACGUGUUUCGGACUACAGGAUCUGAUAGGAAUUUCCGGAUGACUUAAUGCUUUCACGGACAUCGAAUGUGAUUGAUGACACGUGCAUUCGUGCGAAGACAUCAUUGAAAAAAUCGGUGCGAUGGUGAGAGUGCAAGAUAAUGAUAUAAUAGGUGAUCGGAGAAACAACCGAUAAUACAUCGCUAGUGUCAAUUCUAUAAUUCUUAAGAGCUUCGGAUUUAUCUGACUAACUUCGCAAAAAUCCUCCGGCUAAUCAAACAUAAGAGGAGACAAGAGAGAAAUAGAGAAAAAGCCGACUGAAAUCCUCAAUUAAAACCGGCAUCGAUCAUCAAGCAAAUAACUCCCGCAUUACAUAGAAGACUUAUCGGCGAGUGCAACCAGGGUGUGACAAGAUAAAUGCGCACGAUCUAAUAUGAUAUCGAGUGACGAAAGAGGAGCGGAAGAACCUGUCUCGCCUAAAUGUCGCCGCGAGAAGUACUGCACGUCGUAAUUAUAGGUGCAUCCGGAGCAAGGUCGAGUUACCAUUUCCAUUUUCAAAGCCCAGUAACUGAUAAAUUCAAAGUUCGAUUAUGCUCAAUGCAAAGUGCUUGACGAGCAUUGAUUUAAAGGUUGACACGAUAUAAAUUUCGAGUACGUUCUCGAUAAUCGACACUCGAUAGACUUUGAUAAGGUGCAACUACCGUCCAGGAUGGGACUCAUUUGUAUCUACGUCUUUUUCGCGUAUUUAUUGACACCAAUUGCGUGCACGAGUGACGCGAUACCCAUCAUAUAUCCUAUCCCAUUGCAAAAUGAGACCACAAUGCCGGAGGAAUACAGACGCUUACCGUUGGUGGGAAAAUGUUGCUCCAUAGACGAAGUCCUCAUAAAAGAUACGCACGGGAAUGCCGUUUGUGUUUCUUCGAAUGACUCGUCGACGUAUUUUUCGCCUCUCUUCAGCGACUUCAAUCAUACCGGCGCGCUGGUGCCCGGUGAUGAAUAUAAGACAUUCACCGCUCUCGUGGGAAAUCCCUGCAAUCAGAGGUACAUGCUACAACCGAAGGAGAACGAUGAGAAUGAUGAGUAUUAUUUAUUGGUGAAUGGUUCCAUUUUCGCGCCGCGACUCGAUCAUGUACCGAUUAUGUUGAUGCCCGGUAAGAAUUAUUGCAUGGAGAUUGUGCCCGAGCUGGGACUUCGAGCAUUUGUCUGUUUUCAAGAUGUUCCACCGCCGACCACGGAUGCACGAGUCAUUAUUUAUGCCUGCGGGCUUCUGAUCUCGGUUCCUUUUCUGAUACUUACCAUUGUGGCAUACACGAUAACGCCAAGGUUGAGGGACGUCCACGGGAAAGCCCUUUGCCUCUAUUGUGGCUGCUUAGCGCUGGCCUUUACCACUUUAGCCAUUACGCAACUCGCAAGCGGACAAUUAUCGCCUCAAGCCUGCGUUAGUAUAGCAUUCGUCAUCCAAUUCUCGUUCGUGGCCUGCUUCUUCUGGCUGAACGUGAUGUGCAUCGAAACAUGGGCAUUGGUACAUCACCAUGUGAACCAGCGCUCGUACAGGAGAAUCCAGCCUAAAACGCUGUUCUUCUACUACUCGAUAUGGGCCUGGGGCUUCCCAGCGGGCCUCAUUCUCAUCUCGAUGUUGAUGGAUCUCAGUCCUACAAUACCCAUGACCUACGUUAAGCCCGCUUUUGGUAGCGAGAGCUGCUGGUUCAAAUCCGAUACGGAAGCCCUGCCGUAUUUCUACGUACCAGUCGGUAUCCUUCUGUUAAUGAACAUGAUCCUCUUCAUAAUCACUGCCAUCAAGAUCAGCCGGUACCAGCAAGUGCUCGCGCUGAGACGCUUGGCGAGGAAUCACCAUUGCGAUCGGGAGGAUCAAAGACUCUUCCGCAGACUCAAGCGGGUCUUCAUCGUUUGCCUUGUACUCUUCUUUUUAAUGGGUCUCAAUUGGAUGAUGGAAUUAAUUUCUUGGGGAGUUGGCGGUGAUCCUUUCGACUGGACGGCGUUCGAUUUGGUGAACGCACUUCAGGGUGUCCUCGUCUUCGGUCUGUUCGUUCUGAGAAGGCCUAUCAGAGACUUUGUUUGGCAUAGAAUACAGAAGAUACGGGGAAUAAACACCACGGAACUAAACGUCGGAAGCAUGGACCUGGCGCUAUUACCCGUAAUAAACGGCGAUAUCCCAGAGAGAUCGUAUAAUUCUUAGAAAAGUUCUUAGAAAAAGACUGAUCUUUUUCUAAGCGUGACAAGAUGAUGCAUUUAAUGCAGGCCGAAGUGAUAUCGGCUGUAAAUUUAAUGCGAUCGAUAAACCGAUAAACCAAUGGACCGACAAAAGAUAGGAGCCGGGAUGUAGUCUCACGUCAAUGAGAUGAAAGUUAUUUUAAUUUCGCUGUGUGCAAUAGCAAAACGGAGCGAUCUUCUCGAACGGUGACGCUCAUGAAGAGAUAUAAAAUAUCUUAUUGGUGUGAUUUCGUUGUAAAUCACUCGAGAAACUCACUCAAGUUAACUAGCCUGCGAAAUCCGAUGCAAGGAACUUUCGCCUAAAGGAGAUUAUUUAUAAAUAUUUAAUUAAAUCACAAUUUUUAUAAGUAAUAGUUUCUAGUCUUUUUUUUGCAAUAAUCUAAUUGUAAAUAUCAAUGCGCAUGUCGAGGCGUUUUAAUUUCGAGUAAAAUGCAUCGACAGAGGAAACAUACGACGUGACUUUGCGCGCGUUGAAUUACAAGUAUUUCGCGACGUUAUGUGAAAAUCUUUUUCUGCAAGGUAACAUGUUACGUAAAAUACAUUAUCCACCUCCGCAAAAUAUAGUACAUAUUGCGAUGUUAUUGUGCUAAUUAUACAACUGUGGAAACAAACAACGGAUGGACCUCGCUCAAGGAUCUCAAAUGAUAAGAAUGUAAUCUGCACAAUUAAAUAUGUGUGAGAACCGGCUGUAAUCCUAAAUUGAUGUUCAUUAAGUGCGGCUAAAUGAUUACAUCGCAUUAUUAAUCAUAGUAUUAAGGUAAUAUUAACGAUAAUACUUGUAGUUCUUCAAUUCACGCCGCAAGUCGAUGUUCACAUCGAUAAUGUUAUACCAUACCUUGUGUACUUAUACAUUGUUUAUUGUUGAACGGAACAACAAUGCGAUAUAAUAAUAUUAUUGUGCAAAGCCUUCAUUUCAUGAAUCCGGUAUGACACGUUAUGUUAAUACAUUACAAAUAAAUUAAGUCUAAACAAAAGCGCAACAUAGUGAAUAGAAUAUGUCAAACGUGUUUAUACAGCAAUUAUAAAUUCAUCGAAAAUACGUCAAUAUCGCAUAACGCAGUAUAUUCGGAGAGAGGGAGGCGGGAGGGGGGAGAGAAAGAAGUUGGAGGUGGAAAAACAAGUUUUGCAUAAUAUUGUUAUCGAAUCGUAUUGUUGUUCCAUAUGUAGCUAGCACAUUAUUUAUUGUCCUACUAGACAUUAUAAUUUAUUGAAGAAAUUGUGCAUAGAAUAAAACGACGAGGCAAAUCAGUCAAAAUAAAUAACAAAUAUUAAUA